AUACCCAUUAUUCUGUCUUUGUACUUGUUAGUUUCAUCUUCUAUUAAAUAGUGGCGGCCGCCGUUGUGUUUUAAUCGCGUAUUUAAUGUACACUGUAAAUUGGAAAUAUAAUUUACACAGUUGCUAAUUUUCACUCAAUAAAUUUUACAAACAGUAACAGUGUAGGUUAUUUAUGUGGUUAUAAAUCAUGAUAAGUUACUUCAAACUAAUAGUGCGUACAAUAUUUAGAUAGGUAAAGCUAAUCGAAAUUAAUUUCAAACAAAUUUAAACUUGAUCAAAAUGUCAUCAAGACGUGAAGAUAGAAAGUACAAACAUACAUCAAAAAGACACGAAGAAAAUCAAGUUGUUUAUUGACAACUUAACUUUAUAAUAUAAUGGUAAAAGCACAUGAGCCAUGGAAUAUUAUGUCUCAUUCAAGUGCACCAGCUUUACCACCAAGAAAAUUAUCUCAAACUAAUCGACCCCCAUCAAUUGAUAUUAUGACCAAGCGACUACAAAAUCCUUUACAAGAACCUAAUUGUAUAGAAGAAGCUGAUUGGUAUUGGGGUGAUAUUACUAGAGAUGAAGUUCAAGAAAAACUAACUGAUAUGCCAGAUGGUACAUUUCUUAUCAGAAAUGCAUCUAAUAAAGCUGGAGAGUACACACUAACAUUAAGAAAAGGGGGAACCAAUAAAUUAAUUAAAAUUUAUCACAAAAAUGGAAAAUAUGGAUUUUCUGAGCCAUAUAACUUUUCUUCUGUAAUAGAUCUCGUAAAUCACUAUCGCAAGGUUUCAUUGUCUCAAUAUAAUGCUACUCUUGAUGUUAAGUUAUUAUAUCCUGUAUCUAGAUUUCAACAAGAUGAUGAAUUUGGAACUUGGAAAAGUUUAAAUGUAGAUGUAGUAUGGAUACGAUUAAUUGAUAUACUUAGAGAAAUAAUGAUGAAGUCCAAAUUAUACGAUGACUUGUCAGCAGCAUUUCAAAGUGCUAUGGCUGAUAUUUCUGCAAAACGAAUGGGGUUGCAACAAUAUCAUGAAGUUAAUAAAAUGUUUGAUGAGCAACUAAAAUUACAUGAUAAAUAUCUUAAGAAAGCAGAACGUCAUGAAGCAGAUGAUUUAAUUGAUAAUAUUGAGGUUGUCAAAAAAAGAAUGAAAUAUCUACAAGAAAGUAAAAUUGAUCUUGAAGAUAAGCUCUACAGACAAGUCUCUUAUAGUCAAACUUUAGAGAGACAAAUGUAUCAAUUAAAACAAGAAAUAGCAUCAUUCACUCGUCAAAAAGAGAAGUCAGUUAAGUGGCUAUUAACACAUGGUGUAUCACUAGAUGCUAUUAAUCGUGUGUUAAAUGGUGCAGAUUGGUGGACUCGCAAACCAGAAGAUAUAGAAAUGCAACUUAAUAUCUCACAUCUGGAUGAGAGUACAUGGUUGCUUCAAUCAUGUUCACGUGCUGAUGCUGAACAUAUGCUAAAUGGAAAACGUAAUGGAACAUUUUUAAUUCGACCCAGUAGAACUGGUCAAUCGGCUCUCUCUAUCGUCUGUAAUGGUGUAGUUAAUCAUUGUAUAGUUUACAGAACUCCUAAGGGAUUUGGUUUUGCUGAACCUUAUAAUAUUUAUUCUUCAUUAAAAGAUCUAGUCCUACAUUAUUCGCAAACAUCCUUAGAAGAGCAUAAUGAUUCUCUUAAUACUACCUUAGCAUAUCCAGUCUUAGCUGAUAAUGACAUAAAUAACAAAUAAAAUAAUUACUACCAAAUAGUAGGAAUAAUAUUUAUGCUACUUCGGUAAAAUAAAUUUGUGAUAUAAUUUACUUUUUUAAGUAUUAAUUAUUUAUUAAUGUUAACGAGUUAUAUAAUAAGGAGCAAUAUUUUUUUAUAUUAGUGUGCAUUUAUUAAGACAUUAUUAUUGAUAAAACUUUUUUAACUUGUUUGUAUCAAAAAUACCAAUACCAAAUUGUUUUCUUUGUGUCAAAAUUUUUAUUAUGUACUAAAUUUAUUUGUGAAUAUUAUACAAGGAACAAUGUUCAAAAUAAUUUAUACUCUUAACAAAGUGUUUUUUUGUUAAAUAAAUUUUGUUUUUAAUCUUAA